AAGGCUCUGGAGGCAUGAUUAUACCAUUUGGCUGCCCGUGGCUCAAGUCCUUACCACCCCUGCAGGUGCUGCCACCUCCUCUCCUUCAGACCUGGUAGCACUCAGAGGACUGUCCACCCUGCGGCAGCUGGGAGCGGACGUGUGAGCUCAACUUGUUUCAGAGCCUCCCCACCAUGACCUCCAAGAAGCUGCUGAAUUCUGUGGAAGGGUGCGCUGAUGAUUCCCUUGCUGGGUUUGUGGCCUGUAACCCUGACCUGCAGCUCCUGCAAGGGCACCGUGUGGCCCUGCGUUCUGACCUGGACAGCCUCAAGGGCCGGGUGGCACUUCUGUCAGGUGGGGGCUCGGGCCAUGAGCCUGCCCAUGCUGGCUUUAUCGGGAAGGGAAUGCUGACAGGAGUCAUCGCAGGAUCCGUGUUUGCCUCUCCAGCUGUGGGCAGCAUCCUUGCAGCCAUUAGAGCUGUGGACCAGGCAGGCACAGCGGGCAUCCUCCUCAUUGUGAAGAACUACACUGGGGAUCGGCUCAACUUUGGAUUUGCCAUGGAGCAGGCCAAGGCCGAGGGCAUCCCUGUGGAGAUGGUGGUAAUUGGGGAUGACAGCGCCUUCACUGUCCUGAAAAAGGCAGGCCGGCGUGGCCUGUGUGGCACAAUUCUUAUCCACAAGGUGGCAGGCGCUCUGGCUGAGGAAGGUGUGGGGCUGGAGGAAAUUGCAAAGCGAGUGAACAAGAUUGCCAAGGCCAUGGGUACCCUGGGGGUGAGCUUGUCUUCCUGCAGUGUCCCUGGCUCCAAACCCACCUUUGAGCUUGCAGAUGAUGAACUGGAACUAGGCCUGGGAAUCCACGGGGAAGCUGGUGUUCGUCGGAUAAAGAGGGCACCUGUUGAUCAGAUUGUCACUCUCAUGCUUGACCACAUGACAAACACCUCCAAUGUAUCCUAUGUACCUGUAGAGUCAGGUUCUUCAGUGAUACUGAUAGUCAACAAUCUGGGUGGCCUGUCUUUCUUAGAACUGGGCAUCAUAGCUGAAGCUACCAUACGCUUGCUGGAGGACCGUGGGGUGCAGGUUGCCCGUGCCCUGGUGGGGACCUUCAUGUCAGCACUAGAGAUGCCUGGUGUUUCUCUUACCUUGAUGCUUGUGGACGAACCCGUGCUGAAGCUGAUAGAUGCUGAAACUACUGCAACAGCCUGGCCUCACCUGGCCAAGGUCCCUGUGACUAGGCGGAAGCGGAUCCGGACAGCUCCCAGAGAGACUCCAGUAGCCCCUGAAGCUACUGCAGUAGGAGGUGUAGCAUCAAAGCAGAUGAUGCUUGUGCUGGAGCGGGUAUGCACCACCCUGACUGGUCUGGAGAAGCACCUGAAUGCCUUGGACAGGGCUGCUGGAGAUGGAGAUUGUGGCACUACCCAUAGCCGUGCUGCCAAAGCCAUCCAGAGCUGGCUAAAGGAAGACCCAGCUCUAGACAGCCCUGCCCAGGUACUCUCCAAACUGUCUGUCCUGCUGCUGGAGAGGAUGGGAGGCUCAUCUGGGGCGCUCUAUGGCUUGUUCCUGACUGCAGCUGCCCAGCCCCUCAAGACCAAGACUGACCUCCCAUCCUGGUCUGCUGCCAUGGAUGCCGGCCUAGAUGCCAUGAUGAAGUAUGGAAAGGCUGCACCAGGAGACAGGACAAUGGUGGAUUCUCUGUGGGCAGUAAAACAGGAGCUCCAAGCCUGGAAGAGUACAGGGGCCAGUUUCCUUCCAGUCCUGACUAAAGCAGCUGAGAGUGCUGAAGCUGCAGCCAUAGCCACCAAGAACAUGGAAGCUGGUGCUGGAAGAGCUAGUUAUAUCAGCUCGGCACGACUGGAUCAACCAGACCCUGGAGCAGUGGCAAUUGCCGCCAUCUUCCGUGCCAUCCUGGAGGUCUUGCAGACACAGGGAGAAUGACUGCCUUUUUCCUUCUCAGCGACUUUCCCUAUGUGUUCCUUCCUCUCACCUUCAGAUGCUCACCUGUCCCUCACUCAAACUAGUGCCCAUCCUCUGUGUGGAGCAGGACAUCGUCCGCCACACCUCCAGUACUGUUCCAUGAAGAUAGUGCCUGCCUGGGUUAGUCACAUGCCCCACCAGCACCGUUCUUUCCCUCCUCAGGAAGACGAGUCCCUCAGGUCAUAUCCACCCCACUGCAGCCAGCUCUGGAUGUCCAUGAUAAGGUUCUUCCUGGGUACAACACAGACUCUAACUGUGUAUAUCAUUUUGGUUUCAAGACUCCAGGCCUCUUCCUCUGGAAGGCCACCUUUACCUAGUCAAUGUGUGAAAAAAAAGCUAAUAAAACCCAUUAAAGCCAUAAA